AACAACGCUGACUAUGCCGCAUUCUUCCCGCCUUACAUGACUUGUACUCUGAAACUUAAAACCACCAUUUUUUUAAUCGGGGCCGGUCGUCUGGGGCAACCUGAAUUUUGUCUCGCCCCGCGCUGGUUGACAAAGUAAUCCAAACCUGAAAGACUUUUUACAGGGUGGGGCAGAUGACCACGGUUAGGGCCAAUUGGGCCGUUUGCAUUUGGCUUGUUUUUAGUAUUUAACUUUUCUGGCAACAAUGCCGAAUAGUAGCAAGCUUGGGUUGGUUUGAAGUUUUGAAUGUUUAGAAAGUGUGCUGUGUGGCUGUCGCAACGGAAACCAAAGAGCAAAAAUGACCGUCUUCGAAUUCGUAAUACCAGAAAAUAAAGAAGAUUUACGCCAAGUUUCAAUUUCUGGACAGUAUGUUGUUGAACAAGAGUAUUCAAAACAUGAGCUUCCGGGAAAACUACGAGAAGCAUACGUUUCAUUUUCGCGAGAAGGGACGACUUACAUCCUGACCCAUUUUGAUACUUUGUUUAGCUCGCUGAUAAAAUUUGAUCAGCUAGCCCUUAGCCAACAAAAUGAUGCGUGGAAAGUAGUUUCUCAGUCCAUCACACAAUUGAAUUCAGACAUAAACAAGUACCUGAAUAACAGCAAUAGCAAUCCAGAUUCUUGCCAUGAGCUUGUAACAAUUACAAAAAUGAUUGUUUACUUGCUUUGUGCCUUUCUUCAAAACUAUGAAACAAGAAGCUUAGUUGUUCCUGGCUCGGAAACAAAAUCUGGUCGAAAGAAGAAGACACCAGUUGAUGAUGGUUUUGACCUAGAGUCUGAGAGGAACUUUGCACUUGUUAGUCUAGAUCAUCUAAUACAGAUGCCUAUUCACAAGUUGUGGUCACCACCAGUGGUUGAGCAAGAAUUUGUUAAUCUUGUUGCAAACCUCUGCUAUAAAGUUCUUGAAAACCCAGUUAUUAGCCAUGUCAGGAUGAAAGGAACAGUAGAGGCAGUUUUCAGAGUUAUUGGUGCUUUGGUGAAACGCUACAACCAUGGAUUGAGUUGCACUCUCAGAAUGAUACAGUUACUACAGCACUUUGAACAUGUCGCGCCAGCUUGUGUUCAUGGGAUAAUAACAAUGAUCGAACAUUUUAACUGUGGUUCAAUGGUUGUGGACUUGGUGCGUGAAAUUGGACAAGUCGAUCCACAUGAUCUUGCCCGUGACACAUCGAGCUCAAGAAACUACGCCGCCUUUCUGUCGGAAUUGGCCGAAAAAAUUCCAUCUUCUUUUAUCCCGUGUAUCAGCCUUUUGAGCGUUCAUCUAGACGAGGAGUCUUUCACACUGCGCAACAGUGUUCUUUCCAUAUUUGCGGAGAUUGUUUUACAGGAGCUCAGUGGAGAAAAUUUAGACGAUAGAAAGCGUGAACUGCGAGAUCAGCUACUUGAACCCCUACUGGAACACUUGCAUGAUGUUCAUUCUUUCGUCAGAAGCAAAACACUUCAGCUUUGGCAUAAACUAAGCCUAAAGCAGGCGAUACCAUUAAGCUUACAGCACAAAGUCUUAAGCAUGACUACUGGUCGGCUGAACGAUAAAACUGGCACUGUGCGGAAAAAUGCUAUUCAGCUAUUGAUUGUUCUGAUGCAAGGUAACCCUUAUGGUGAGCGUUUACCAUUAGCGGAACUCGCAGCAAAGAAAGAAUCUGAAGAGGCCAAGCUCAAAGAGAUGCUACAGGGUCGAGAAAACCAGCCCCAAAAAAUUCAAAUUGAUCCAAGUAAGUGUGGACCCACGAAAACGGAACUAUGGAAUGCAAUGGAACCGGAAAUCCUAAUAGCUAUUCAUGAGGCACUCAAUGAGGAUGUAGACUCCAUGUCUAUGUCGGAACUAACAGACGAUCAAAUAGUGGAAUUAUUGAACACAUGCAACUACAAAAAAGUUGCUAAAACGUUCAUCAGCGAUGACAGCGAAGAUCAAGAAGAUCCUACCGAGAUCUUGGAGAAAAUCAAGAUGAUAUUUGUUGGCGACGAAGAUGAGGCAGGUGAAAAGGAGGCCCUCGAGCGUCUCGUUCAUAAUGUGGCUGAGCAAGAAGCCCAACAACAAACAGUUGAGGAGGAAAGCAAAGAAAUUAGCCAACAGCGAAUGCUUGUACUUUAUUUAAGGGACUCGCAUGCCUUUGCAAGUUCAGUUUAUGCAGCCAUCCCUAUGGUCUGCCAACUUCUAUGUUCCAAACAUACCAGCGACAUCCUUGAGGCGAUCAACUUUUUCGUUACGGCAUUCGAGUUCGAUGUUCUAGACGCUAUGCAGGGUGUUAGGCGCAUGUUGAGCCUCAUCUGGUCUUCUGAAGACGACGUCAAAAAAGCUGUCGUAGAAGCUUAUAAACGAUUGUACAUGAACAUAGAAUCGGCAGAAAUCUCCAAAAGGCGUGCUCAUCAAGUGGUUUCUAACCUUAGCGCUCUGAUAUCAAUGUCAACUCAAGGCGAACUGGCAUCCUUAGAGGAAUUGAUCGCAGUGUGUGUGGCAUCGGGAGAUCUGCCAAAGAUUUGCUUCCAGGUUAUGUGGGAGAAAUUUUCAAUGGCGCUUCCUGACACAACAGAAGAAGAGUCACGCUCUGCUCUUAUGUUGCUCACUAUGGUGGCCAGUGCUCAGGUCCAAGUGGUGACAAGCAAUGUGAAUGUGCUCGUGUCGGUGGGAUUAGGUGAAAGAGGUGCUAAAGAUUUUCGCCUAGCACAUUUGACAUGUGCAGCUUUGAUAAAGAUGGCACCGACCAAAGCAUCAACGGAUUGCAAGGACGAACCAAUGCGCUUUCCACCAACACAUGAAAUAUUCCAAUGCUCUAAAAAGCUGCUUGUUGAAGGUCUCACUCGUUUGGAAGACCCCUACUAUUCACAAUUUGCUACAUCGGCUGUGUCACUCAUUUACACGCUUGCCGAGCAUCCCGAUAUGAUCAUGGGAGAGGUUCUUAAGGAGAUGUGUGCUAUUGUUUAUAAAUCCAGCCGUGAUAUAGCGGAAAAUGGAGAGCUAGAAGUGUCCUCUACUGUUUUGACGCGCAUCUUAGUUGUUGCUGGCCAGGUGGCCCUGAGGCAGUUAAUCCAUUUGGACGUUCAUGUCUACAGCGAACUUCGUCGCAGAGCCCGCGUUCGAGAAGAAAAACAUGAAGAAUCUACCAAACUGAAGCGCAACCUUAUUCAAUCCGCCUCUCGCCGAAGACUUUCUACACGACUUCAGGCCGAACAAAAUGAUUCAGGAGAGGAGGAUGAACUUGUUGGCGCUGUGGCUGAUGACGAUGAAGCUGAAUACGUUCGCAAGAUUUGCGAAUCGGAAAUCGUAACGGGAGUGGAAAGUUUGCUUUCCUUGCUGGCUCCUUUGGUGGUACAUGUGAAUUCCAAUCCAGCAAAAUAUCCUGAUGCAUCACUCAGGACAGCGGCCAGUCUCUGCCUUGCCGAGUUCAUGCUCGUCUCGCCGCAGUUUUGUUCACAACAUUUGCGCCUUCUAUUCACCGUACUAGAAAAGAGCCCAGAAGACGUAAUCCGCUCCAACUUGGUCAUUGCUAUGGGUGACCUUAACUUUCGCUUUCCGAACUUGAUCGAGCCGUGGACACCUAACUUGUACAGCCGACUACGCGACGAUUCUCCUGCAGUCAAGAGAACCACGCUGAAUGUCCUUACUCACUUAAUUUUGAACGACAUGGUUAAGGUUAAGGGUCAGAUCUCAGAUAUUGCCUUGUGCAUAAUCGAUCCUGAUCCGAGAAUUUCGGGAAUGUCUCGAAUGUUCUUCAGCGAAUUUGCUCGCAAAGCAAAUGCUCUGUACAACGUCAUGCCAGAUAUUAUUUCACGACUUUGCGACCCUGAGGCUGGCGUUGCUGAAGAAGAUUUCCGCGUCGUGUUAAAGGGGAUUAUGGUUUUGAUUCAGAAAGAUAAACAAAACGAAUCACUUGUUGAAAAAAUCAUUUUACGAUUGGGAGCUUCGCGAACUGAGCGUCAAUCUAGAGACCUGAUUUUCUGCCUCUCAUUGCUCACUUUCAACGAGCGUUCUCUUCGCCGUGUUCUCGAACAUUGGAAUUGUAUUGCCGAUAAGAUCCAUGAAGAGGGUGUUAUUGAUAGUUUAAAUUCCAUUUUAGCUGCUACGAAGAAAGCGUUCGCUAAACAGGAAAUCCGUGGGUUGAUAGAAGAAAUAGAGGCUAAAAUCCAAGAAACUGUUGACAAUGCCACAGAUGAACAACAGGUUAUUCGCAAAGCUCAGGCUUCGCAGGCUGUCAAAGCUUCCUCCAAGGGCAAACCAAAACGAAAGAAACCAGUAAAGAAUUCAUCGGAAAGCGAUGAAGUUUCGAUGGAAGAAGACGACCCAGAUAUGCCAGGCCACCCUGCUCAUUUGGAAAAAGCCACGCCACAUAACCGCUCUCCGCUCAGAAAGCCAGUUCGACAACGCGAACAAAGUAGUCGCAAAAGAAUCGCAGUUCCACAAAGCUCAUCGUCAAAUGAUGAACUAAAUGCUGAAGAAGAAGAAGAAGAAGAAGAAGAAGAAGCAAUGCCGGUCUUCAAGUUGCAAAAGGAGACGCGAUCGUCUCGAGCGAUGCAUCGUCGAGCUAAGGCGAAUUGUGGUAGCGAAGAGGAUGAUUUUAUAAAACCAUCAUCACGAGGAAAAGCCAAUCAAACAAAGGAGGUGCCAGAGAAAACGAAGUCUUCUAGGUCGCGAAGAUAACCUAUAUAUCGCUGCUUUAAUAUAUUCGCAGAGUCGAUUUUCGUGUUUGGAAAGCAAUUUAACUUGAUAUCUAUUUUUUUUCCGUAGUUCAUCAUAUGCUUUUUUUAUUUCCUAUAAUCUCUUUUGUAACUGAAGCUGACAUAAGUGUUUCUUUAUAAGUAUAUCUGAUUCUGAUCGUUAAAUAAUCCAGUAUUUUGCUAGUGGCUAGAUAGGGCUUCCUUUGUCGACCAUUUUCGCAGAAGGAGCGCUAGGAAAUAAACUGAAAU